AUGGCGUCCGUCCAGACAAACGGCGUCGCGCCAACGGUCUCCACAAACGGCGCCGGUGCACAAGACAACCAGAACACACAGACGGCUUCUGCCACGUCACAACAGCCAUCCACCCAGACCGGGUCGCAACAGCCAACACAAGGCCCCGCCACGGCAGCGCCGAAUGCUGCCGCUUCCUCUUCACAAUCCCAACCACAAACGUCACAACCCGCACCAAAGCCCCGCGAUUCUCGCACCAUGGAGCUGCUUUUGACCGCCCAGGGUGUCACCGCCUACGAGGCCCGCGUGCCCCAGCUCCUCCUCGACUUUGCCUACCGCCACACCUCGUCUGUCUUGUCGGACGCCAUCCACCUCAGCGCCGAUCCCUACACCUCCCACGCGGGAUCCAAACCCAGCGCCGCCAGCGGUGCGGCCGCCAUGGCCCCCGCCGGCGGUGACGCCUCCGUCAGCGCCAAUGCCGUCCAGCUCGCCAUCGCCAGCCGCCUCGCGUUCCAGUUCCGCGGCGGUGCCGGUGGCGCGUCGGCGGGUGGCGGCGCCAGCAAGGAGUGGCUGCUCGAGCUGGCGCGCGAGCGCAACAAGGUGGCGCUCCCGCGCGUGGGCGCCGUCGAGUGGGGCGCGCGGCUGCCGAGCGAGCGGUUCGUGCUGUCGGGCGUGAGCUGGGGUCUGCGGGACUCGUGGGCACCAGGUGCGGCGGCGGGCGACGAUGACGACGACGACGACGAGGAUCUGCGGCCGGAGGCGCUGGGAUCGUCCAAAACGGGCAAGGAGGGCGAUGGCGACGUGACGAUGACGGACGGUGCCGCAGAGGACGUGGGCGGCGACGGCGUGGAGGGCGGCACGAUGGACGACGUGUUUGCCGACGACGGCAUGAUGGAGGACGAGGACAUGGGGAUGGAGUAA